GGGUCCUGAACUUUAAAAAGGACUGAAUUCUUCUGGAAUCAGCCCGGACGUUUCACUUUUCACUCAUGGCACUCACGGUCUCCAUUGUCCAGCUGGCCAUCUCCGUCAUCGCGUUUCCCAUCUUUCUACUCCACUUCUUGGGUCUGUGGGAUCGGACAUGCAAAAAGCUCUUUCCUUACUUCAUGGAACAGGUCACCAAAAGCUACAACAGAGAGAUGUCUGCCAAGAAGCAGGAGCUCUUCAGCAACCUGCAGGACUUUGCAGGAUCCUCAGGGAAGGUGACCUUGAUGGAGAUUGGCUGUGGCACCGGGGCCAACUUUAAGUUCUACCCCCCUGGCUGCAGGAUCACCUGUGUUGACCCCAAUCCUAACUUUGAGAAGUUCCUGAUCAAGAGCAUUGCUGAAAACCAACACUUGCAGUUUGAACGCUUCAUAGUGGCUCCAGGGGAAGACAUGCCUCAAAUAGCAGACAACUCCAUGGAUGUGGUGGUCUGCACCCUGGUCCUGUGCUCUGUAGAGCAGCAAGAGAAAUUCAUCAAAGAGAUGUACCGAGUGCUGAGGCCGGGAGGUGCUUUUUAUUUCAUGGAACAUGUGGCGGCUGAACCGUCCAGCUGGAAUUUCUUCUGGCAACAAGCCCUUAAGCCAACAUGGCAGCUAAUGUUUGAUGGUUGCGACUUGACCAGAGAGACCUGGAAAGCCCUGGAGAGGGGCAGCUUCUCCAAAUUGAACCUCCAGCACCUGCAGGCACCCCUGUCCUGGAAGAUAAUCCGGCCUCACAUUGUUGGAUAUGCCACAAAAUAAUGGAGUGGGAGAGAGGAGAAGGGGGUGUGGGAGGAAUUUCCUGUUCUCCUUUUAAAACUAAAUAUGAAAAUGUUGUGGGUAAGGGGAAGAAGGGAGACUAUUCUCUUUCACACACUGAAAGGAGGGGAGAGCAGAAUGGGAAGAGAUGCCCUAUUAUACUUUCCUAGUUCCUGACAUUCUCCUGGAAAAACAUGAAAAAAAAAAAACAACCCAGCUGUCAACUAUGCAGGAUGACUGGGAAAUAUUUAUUGUGGAAUACCCAUAUAAUCUCAAAAUCAAAUUCUAUUCAGCACCUUCAGCUUUUCCAACAAUAUAACAUCUUACCCCAGUUGUUAACAAAGGGCUAGGUUGAAAUGGACUUGGCACCUUGCCCCCCACUCCCUUGUUGUUAAUAAGAAGAAGCUAACUUGGUAAUCUACAGAGCCAAACAUGGAGGUCCUUAAUAAUUGAGUCUGUGAUACACAACAAAUUCCCAAAAAGAGAUUAGCAGGAUUCAGUUCCAGGAAGAGGACUUUUUGAGCCUGGUUCUCCUGGGUGCCAUGAUUCAUUCUGUUCAGAGAGGUUUUUUCCACCUCUCAAGUUCUAUUGUCUAUACAUGUCUAACACUGGCCUCAGCUUAUUCAGAGCAUACAUAAACACGAAGCUAUAUUGUUUCAUGUGGGACAAAGUGCCCUAUGUUUAAAUAGUUAUUCAUAAUAAUAAUAAUGCCCUAAGCACCAGAUCACAAAUGCUUAAGUAAUUAAAGCACACAGGAGACAGCAUCACACAGUAGAAAGAGCACUGGCUUUGGGAUCGGUGGACCUGCAUUUAAAUCCUGACUCUGCAUGACCCUGGCAAAUCCCUUAGCCUCUCUGGGACUUAUUUUCCUUAUUUGCAAAAUGAGUAGAUUGAACUAUUCUAAGGCCCCUUCUAGCUUUAAAUCCUAGAACCUAAAAGAUUAUAAAAUGUUUGACAGAUAUAAUUUUGUUUGAUCUCAUAAAGAACUCUGGGAGGUAUAUUAUUAUCCUCAUUUUACAAGUGAGGCUCAUAAAAACCAUUCCAGUGACUUGCCCAAGUUAUAUAACUUAUCCAACAUACACACACACAUAUGGAUAUAUUGGAUAGACUCAUAUAACUUAAAUGUAAACUUUAUAUAGACAUAUACCAUGUAUUUAUGGGUAUAUGGACUGUAUGUCAUAUAUACAUGUAUACAUGUGUAUGUGUAUAUAUGCUUAAUAUAUACAUACGUGCUUAAUAUAUACAUGCUUUAUAUAUACAUAUAUAAAGUUUACAUCCAAGUUAUGUAAGUUUAUCCAACUGAUAAAGAGCAGAGUCGGUAUGUGAUCUUAGGUCCUCAGACUCCGUCCAACUCAACUGUUCUUCCUUAGAAGGGCAGACAUUUUUCUAUUCGAGCCAUAGCCAAGUGCAUUUAUUAGGAUUAUCCAUACCCAAGUCAUCCUAGUUACUACGGAAACAAGAAAACCUAACUCAUAAUUAUUCACAUGUGAUUAGAUUAUUCUUUGGUGUGUUUUGGCUCAUUAGCUUUCAUAUCUAUCUGCCAUUCAGUCGCAAUAGCUUUGCACAGAAUAGAGAGGGGUCCCUUGGGAAUCAAGAAAGUUGUAGGUGCUGUAGUCUGGGGAAGUUCAAUUGACAAGUGAACUAGGCAGCUCCAUCUGGAUCUUUGUUCUGAGUGGCUAGCUCAAUAACAGUUAUGGGAAGCCAGUUGGGUUGCCUGAGUGCUUUGGAAGUAGGUGUAAGUUGUUCUAUCUUUAGAAGAUUUCAUGGGUUUGGUAUUAUGGCAAGUCUAUUUUCUUACAUGUUGUACGGUAAUAAGUUUGCUAUUUGUCUUGAGGGGCUUUACAAAGGGAACUGUUUUUUAACAAAUCAAAUCAAUAAAGAAAUUCCUGUUCUUUUUUUUUUGGAAAUCAAAUUAAAUGUUAUAUCUUAAUUGUUGGA